AUGGCGACAGCACCGGCUUUGUGUGGCUCUGUGUUGAACACGUCCUUCCUUAGGAGACAACCAGUGAACAUCACAAGUCUGAAGGCAUUCCCCAACGCCAAUGCAUUGUUUGGUGUGAAAGUAGGAGGUCGGGGUGGUGUCACUGCCAUGGCUAGUAGCUAUACGGUGAAGCUUGUCACCCCAGAUGGUGAAAAAACUAUUACAUCCCCAAGUGAUUCAUUUAUUCUUGAUGCUGCAGAGGAGAAUGGCAUCGACCUUCCCUACUCUUGCAGGGCUGGUGCUUGCUCUUCCUGUGUUGGCAAAAUUGUCAGCGGUAGCGUGGACCAGUCAGAAGGUAGCUUCCUUGAUGACGACCAAAUGGAUGCAGGAUUUGUUCUCACCUGUGUUGCUUUCCCCACCUCUAAUCUUGUUAUUACGACCCACAUGGAGGAGGAGCUCGAUAGUUAA